UCGAGUUACGAUAAUCCGUCGAUAGACGAAACACACAGGAAAACGACAACUAAGACCUCCAUUUUCUUCAAUGGAUUCCUAUUACAAAUUUAGCUUACAGAUCCCCAGAUAUAUUAUCGCUAUCAGUACUGAAUGGUUAUCAGCUGAAGAUGUACAGGUAUUUCAGCGUCUAGCCCAGUCCUUGUGCACCAAUGAGGAGAGAUGCAGUCAUUUACCUACACCUGAGCGCUCUACAAGGACUACUAAUGAAUCUUCUAGUUCCAUCGGCCCUGAGACUGUCAAACACGGACCCGUUGACAACGUUUGGAUCAACGUUGUUGUGCCUGAAUACAAGGACUCGUCCGAACCUACCACCGCAGACACUGUCUUCCAUUCCGGAUGGAGCAGGGUGCACGAGCAGGACAUUGAAGUCGAUGAAGACGGCCAGCAGGCGGUCUUCGCCGAAAUGAGACAAAAGUUUGGGAAAGCAAGAAGCAACAUGGAAAGUCUUUCCGUAACUAAAAUGAGAGAGUACACAGGAUUGGUAGCAUCUGAGCUGGAUAAUAUUGCAGAUGAACUCCCUGUUGGAGGCUAUCUCCUAGAUGUCGUUUGGCUCAUGCCCACCAUCACCGACUUCCCCAUCCUAGAGCGGCCGGACGCCUUCCUCUUCUCCGUGCUGCGACGCCUGGAGGUGUGGCACAAUGCUCGGGUGACCAUCAUGCUAGGGAAGGGUCUGGAGGGCAUAGACCACCCCUCCCUCGUCCACUGGAAGACCUUCAUCGAGAGCAGGGUGGUGGAGCUGAGGGCGUCACCGGACGGCACGGACACCAAGGUGGAGGAUAUCUUGUCACAGUCUGCCUCUCUGGCAUGGCAAGGUCAAGUCAAGUACAUCUCAAGUAGAGGUACAGCCUUUCCCCCAUGGCCAGGGUUCAGUCUGCAUCGUCUUGCCGAUGACAGCCAUAGAUCAGAGCCUUUCAUUGAGAUUCUCAAUCCCAACGCUAAUCCUCAGCAAGACGCCACUGGUAGCCAGCCUUCAAUGGAUGACUCUUUCAUUUCGCUAUCAAACCAUGAAUUAAAGUCCAAGUAUGUCGUCAACGAGACCCUAGAAUUCAUGCAUCUUGCCAAUCUGCAUGAGAUCCCAUCUUGGUUCAUCUUGCCCGGAAAAUUUGAACUACGGCUGAGAGAUAAAGAGAAGCGCCAGCGCUACUCUCGAUCACGGUUCUGGAUGCGCUACCUGACCCAUCGGUUGCCCGGUGAUGGUCAGGGAGCUAUAUGUCAGCUGAGCUGUCUGGAGGUAGAUGGUCCUGUUCCAGAGGCACAGAGUGUAGGCCUGAGUACCCAGGUCUGGACUAGUGACAUCACCUCUGAUCCACUCCAUCCUACAGUUCCUAAUGUGCAAUUGAAAGGCACUCGGCAUACAUUCUUCUUCCUGGUCCAUGGGGACAGGAGAGGGAGGUGUAUAGCCCUGCCGCUUGUCUCCCCCUUUAUGCUGAAUGGAGCAGCCCAUGCCUUAUUAGCUUGCCAUGAAGAAGAGGAACGUUCCACUCAAGAUGAAGAAGUAGCCCAACCUGCGAGGGAGGUGUUGAACUCUCUCUCCACCAUCAGCGGCCGUCAGUUAGGCGAGGAGGAAGAGGAACUAGCCAAGAUGCAGGUCAAAGCACUAGCAAUGGUUAUAGAGAAAAUCCGUUCAGAGGGGCUUGAGAUCAACGUGACACCAUCGCUCCUCAUUUUCCUCUUCAACUACACAAGAAAGGUGUUCUACGAAGGAUACAGCAUCAGUGAUGACAUAUCCAGCCCUACAACUCAAAGCCCUUCAGAGGACACUUCCAUCGCAUCAUCGGAACGAGGAGCGCCCUCACAGACACAGAUUGGACAUGGAGCGGUAGCUACGGGUGGAGAGAGGAUAGAUGGGAGUGGCCUGGCUCAAACUGAGAGUGUAAACGAGCCCAGACCGACUAGGAUAGACCUCAGUAGUUUACCAACAGAAUUAACUCAGAGUCCUUCCCAAUGGGUGGAGAGGCAGGCCUUGCAGAACCGGGAGUCUAUCGCCAACCGUCUAAGAAGACUCGGGUCAGAAGAUCUAACCUUAGGAGGGUUCUCUGUACCAUCCACAGUCUGCAAUAACACAAUCACCUUGAGUGCCAAAGAGUUCCGUAGUCAUUUCAAGCCCAACGGUCAGCCUAAGCGAGACGAGCUGGUCCUUGUCCCACCCUCUGGUGUCAGACAUAGUCCAAGGACCCGGUCAUCGGCAGCUGGACAUCACAACAAUGGGCCAUCUGUCCAGGAGCUGAUGGAAACAGGGUUUUCAGAUUCGCUUAAACUCAAAUAUCAUGGCAUGCACUUCUGCAGGGAAACACCCGAUUCUCAGAGCAUAGAUCUAAAGAUGAUGCGUGUCCAGCAGCGCUGCAUUCGUCAGGAGAUGGCCUGUACUUUCACCUCUCAUCUUAACCAUCCUACCCUCGCCAUCAGGAAAAAGAGGAAACAUUCAGACUCACCAAGCACACAGAAGGUAUGUUUACCCCUUUCAUGACACGAUUGACUUUUAGGGCUCAACUGAUCACAUAUUCUUCAAAUUGAUAACA